ACAACAUCUAUUGGGAUUGACGAAACUCAACUGUAGGUACACUACAUCACCUGAAAAUACUUUUUUCGAGCCGCAUCACCAUCUUGUCCUAAGCCUCAAACGGUCCAAUCUCAACCCUAACAGCAAAAAUGCCAUACACACCUAAAGUCGGGGACCCGAUCUCGUCGCUCGACACGCCCUCCAUGAUCGUGGACCUGGACUUGAUGGAAUCCAACAUCGCCAAACUCAUGUCCCAACUCCUCCCAACCGGUGUUGAUAUCCGUCCCCAUUCUAAAACCACAAAGUCGGCCAUCUUGGCUAAAAGGCUCAUCGCGGCAGGUGCAAAAGGGGCUUGCGUUGCAAAACUCAGCGAAGCAGAAGUCAUGUGCGAGAAGGGACUUACCGAUCUGUUGAUCACGUGUGAAAUCAUUGGGGCAGCAAAGGUGCAGAGGCUCGUGGAGUUGUUUGCAAAGUUCAGGGAGAUUAGGAUUGUAGUUGAUAGCGAAGAAGGGGCGAGAGCUAUUGAUGAGGCGCUAGAGAAAAGCGGCGCGGAAGAGAGAAUCAUGACGCUGAUUGAUUUGGACGUCGGAUUGCAUAGGACGGGUGUGCAGCCGGGUGAGCCUGCGUUGAAACUCGCGAAGACUGUCGCCGGACUGAAGCAUCUCCGGUUGAUUGGGGUGCAGGGGUAUGAGGGUCACUUACAGCAUAUUCACGGGCUGGAGGAGAGGAAGAGACUGUGUCUGGAGUCCAUGCAGAUUCUCACACAGACCGCGGAUGCGUUGCGGAAAGACGGGCAUCAGAUCGAUGUAGUCACCACGGGAGGGACUGGUACAGCGGAGUUCUGCGUCACAGUUCCUGGCGUUACCGAAGUCCAGCCCGGAUCUUUCUUGUUCAUGGACACAGAUUAUCGCAAUGCUGUUGGAUCAAAGUACUCGAACAGUUUGACUAUUCUGUCUACAGUCCUCAGCAAGCAAGGCCCAAAGUGUGUCACGAUUGAUGCGGGGUUGAAGUCUCUGACUACAGAUAGUGGGCUGGCGGAGUGCAAGACGGCGGGAUAUGCGUACGGGGUUAUGGGUGAUGAGCAUGGAUCGCUUGCUUGGACCGAUGGACCGGAUUUGAAGGUCGGCGAUCGCGUCGAGAUGGUUCCCAGCCAUAUUGAUCCGACCAUCAACUUACACGAUGUUUACUAUGCGUAUCGGAAGGGUAUAGUUGAAGAGAUUUGGUUAGUAGAUGGCCGUGGGAAGGUGCAAUGAUGCUCGAUUGCCACUCCCAGUAUGUGUUUGUUGUAAC